AUGUUUUGGUAUACAUCUCAAAAAGAUUAUGUGGCAGCUAUAUUAUCUUUAAAAAAAAUAUCUGCAUUCAAUGGUGUAGUUUUUGAAAAUAUAUUUCUUGAAACACGUGACUUUCUUCAUGGUAAACGUUCAAAAGGUGUUCAAUGUGAUUUUCAACCAUUACUUCGAUUAGAGGAUAUUAAAGCAUUGGGUGAAAAAUAUCCCGAUUUUGAUAUGGUAGAUUUACAAGCAACAACAGGUAAAAAAACUACUCUAUCACAACGUGUAUUAAAAGUUAUAACUGGUCAUCAUUAUUAUCCAACAAUAUCAACAUUUUAUCCAACAGAUUUUUUUUGUUCACCUAUAGUAACUUGUUAUUUACUUAUUAUGUGUGGCCUUUGGUUUGUUAGUUCUUUAACAGAAUACAGUCUUGAGGCUCCACAUUUAACUCAACAUUUAACAGAUAAUUUUUUUUUCAAUCAUUUUUAUUCACAUCUUAUACAAAUUAUCUCAUGGGGCCGCCGAUGGCCAACAUUUGGCUUUUUUCUUAUUGCAGAAGUUUGUCUACUUGGUUCAGUUGCUGGGAAAUUAGAUAAUGAACAAACACGUUCGGCAAUGCUGGCUGUUUAUUUUAUGGGUAAAUUUGCAACUCGUGCUGCAUUUCUUGUGUUAAUUAUUUAUACAUGUGAAAUAUUUCCAACGGGUUUAAGAUGUACAGCACUUGGUAUUUGUUAUACAUUUCGAUUAAUUGGUGUUGCACUUGCUUCUCCCGAUGUGGGUGAAUUAAAUGAUUGGAUGCCUCGUCUUAUUUAUGGAGUUCUUUCAUUAGUUCUCGGUUCAAUGGCACUGUUAUUACCUGAAACAAAAAACAUACCAUUACCAAGAACAUUGUUACAAAUAGAAACUAUUCCAACAUCAAUAAGUAAAACGUUUCGUCGUCAUCGUUCGAAACUUGCUAAAAGCAAUGUUCGAUCAGAAGAAAAACGUGCAGAAACAACAAAUCAUUUUAAUGAUACAGCUUCAGUCGCAUCUGGUGUUCGUUCACCACGUCCAUAUGAUUAUCAAUCAACAUUACAUAGUAUUUUUGAAUUACAAGAUUUUGGACAAUAUGAUACGGUACAUUCAUUACCUAUUCGACAUUCAUCUCGUCGAAUGGAUUUAAAUAAUCCAUUUUAUCAAUCAUAUGGCGGUCUUACUAGUGAAACGUUUCGACCCCAACAAUCAAUUGCUGAAGAUGUUGAAUAUAAUGACGAUGUUGAUCAGAAUGAAACACACAUAACAUUACCACAACGUCAUAGCGAACAAAGAAAAUUAUCUACUAUACAAAAGCCUGUUUUAUCUUCCGAUGAUGUUAUUAUUGUACCUGAUAUAACAAGAAAAAAAUCAAUCGAAAAACAAUCUUCAUUUGAUUUAUCAUCACCAAAUCAAGCAAAAGAUCAAACUGAAUUUACAGCAAUACCUGAUGAAAAAACAGAGAAUAAUGAUCAGGAUGAAAAAUUACCUUCCAGAUCUACAUAUCAACGAACGAUGAGUCAAGAUGAAAAUUAUUUUUCUGAACACUGUUAA